AUGUCUCCAUUUCAAGCGUUAUAUGGCUAUCUUCCACCACAUUUAGCUUUUCCUUCCACUGCUACCGCUUCUGUUACUGAAGUUGAGUCUUAUUUGAAGCAAAGAGAUGAAGUGCUUGCCUUACUCAAGGAUGCUCUACAUAAAUCUACAACCAUAUUUGAAGUUUUAUGGUUGAAGUUUUAUGCUGACCAAAAGAGGACUGAUAGGGUAUUCUCUGUAGGGGACAAGGUUUAUCUGAAACUACAACCAUAUAGACAGGCAUUUGUGGCUCUCAGAAGAAAUUUAAAGCAUGCUGCAAAAUAUUAUGGCCUAUUUGAGAUCAUUAAGAAAGUUGGUCUAGCUGCUUACAAAGUACAACUGCCAGCAGAAGCAAGAAUUCAUCCUGUCUUCCAUGUAUCACAACUGAAGCAGCACAUUGGUACCACUCACAUUCCUUCUCCUUCCCUGCCCACCUUGGAUACAGAUGGCCAGUUUCUUGUCAUUCCUGCAGCUGCUCUUGCUUCCAGGAUAAUUUUCAGUAAUGGGCUCUCUGUGCCUCAACUACUAAUUCAGUGGACCAACACUUCACCCGCAGAUGCUACAUGGGAGGAUGCUAAACACAUUGCUCACCAUUUCCCUAAGUUCAAUCCUUGA